UUGAAGCUUGAAAUCAUCGAGCUGACAUCUAUCGGGAACCGGUAUCUCAGCGAUAGCGCCGAGCGGCGCUCCACGGAGUUGAAUACUUUCGCGGUCACCCGACCUCGCAAUCCUCUCAGCUUGAACAGCGUCUCUUUCCUAGGGCGUCGCUUCGAUGGCCACGCCUCCUCGUUGGACGCGGCAGCAGGCUACUGGAGGCCGAUCUCCGCAUUCCCGCCCAUCCCUGUUCCGCACCGGCAUGCCCGGUGAGCGUCUCUCUACCACAGUAGAAACCUCGUCACCCCCAAUCUCUGAGUCCAACAACCCGGCCAGCCCAGGACUGAGCCUCACAGCUGCCUUGCAGAAGUCUUUCCGGGCACUCCAGAAGACCGAUGGGACCGACUGUCCAUUCAUGCACGGCAGUUUCUUGGUGGCUCGAAAAGUGUGCUAUCCGUCAAACGCCGUCUGUGGCCGAGUAUGGUGGCGUCCUCACUGCUGCACAACAUUCGGGUUCUUGCAAUCGUCAGUCGUGAAACAAUGGCCAGUCGAGGCUCCCGGCAGGCCGGUACCGCCCGAGCUCUGUACAAGGACAACUGCUAUCGCUGAGGCAGGCAAUUUCAGGGCAUGAGGCCGCCAGGAGACCCGUUUGAUGGUGGUUCUCUA